AUGGCCAGCAAGCUGUCCACGUUUGGCAAAAUGCUCCUGCGUCGCAGAGCAUUGGACUUCUCCAAUGAAGAGACCCAGUUUGCCCGCUGCCUGUCCACCCUGGACCUCAUUGCCUUGGGUGUGGGGGCCACACUCGGCGCUGGUGUCUACGUCCUCGCUGGCGAGGUCGCCCGAGAGAAGGCGGGCCCUGCUAUUGUCCUCUGCUUCCUAAUUGCUGCACUGUCGUCCAUGUUGGCCGGACUGUGCUAUGCUGAAUUCGGCGCCCGUGUCCCGAAGACAGGCUCUGCUUACCUUUACAGCUAUGUAACAGUUGGAGAGAUCUGGGCCUUCAUCACGGGAUGGAACCUCAUUCUUUCAUAUGUGAUAGGUACGGCCAGUGUGGCGAGAGCAUGGAGCUCCACCUUUGACAACCUGGUUGAGCAGAAGAUCUCCGACUUCUUUAAACAAUCCAUGGCAAUGAAGGUGCCAGGGCAAGUUCUAGCAGAGUACCCUGACCUGUUUGCCCUCAUCUUGGUCCUGUUGCUCACUGGACUUUUGGCCUUUGGUGUGAGUGAGUCGGCGCUGGUGAAUAAGAUCUUCACAGGCAUUAAUUUGGUGGUUCUGGGGUUCGUCAUCAUAUCUGGCUUCGUUAAGGGCGACACAAAAAACUGGAACCUCACAGAGGCAGACUACCUCAACCACACAAACAUCAGUGGUGUUUCCAAUGUAGCGAAAGAAUUUGGCGUAGGUGGCUUUGCUCCUUUUGGCAUCGCUGGAGUCCUGUCUGGUGCUGCCACCUGCUUCUAUGCCUUUGUGGGUUUUGACUGCAUCGCCACAACAAGUGAAGAAGCGAAGAACCCAAUGCGUUCCAUCCCCGUUGGCAUCGUGGCCUCGCUGCUGAUCUGUUUUUUCGCCUACUUCGGCGUGUCUGCUGCUCUGACCCUCAUGAUGCCGUACUACCAGCUGAAUGUCCAGAGCCCCCUGCCCGAGGCCUUCACCCACGUGGGCUGGGCUCCGGCCAGAUACAUCGUGGCUGUCGGUUCUCUCUGCGCUCUGUCCACCAGUCUCCUGGGUUCGAUGUUCCCCAUGCCCCGUGUGAUCUACGCUAUGGCAGAGGACGGACUGCUGUUCCGUGCUCUGUCCAGGAUGAACACUCGCACCAAGACUCCUCUCCUGGCCACCAUUGUCUCAGGCAUCGUUGCAGCUUUGAUGGCAUUCCUGUUCGAUCUGGCAGCUCUGGUUGACCUCAUGUCUAUUGGAACCCUGUUGGCAUACUCUUUAGUGGCCAUCUGUGUCCUUAUCCUCAGGUACCAGCCUGGCACUCUGAACUCAUCUAGCCAGACAGAGAAGCUGGUGGAGAUGGUGGGAGGGGAGAAGGUGGCUGUAAGCGGAGGGGACAGCAGCGAUGAGUACGGCAUGGAAGCUGAGGAGGAGAGGCCGCUUCAGGACACGUUCACCUUCAAGCUGCUCUUCUCGCCAAGCGGAAAGAACCCAACUCAGAUCUCUGGGAACAUCGUCUACUGUACCACUGCUUUCAUCUCUGUUCUCAUCACAGUACUCUGUGUUCUAUUAGCCAAUUUCCUCUCAGAGCUGCUGGCAGGGCAGCCAGCUGUGUUGGUGCCCUGCAUCAUUUUGGCUCUGCUUUCAGCCGUCUGUGUCGUCAUCAUCUGCAGACAGCCUCAGAGCAAAGAGGCUCUCACUUUCAAGGUCCCUCUGCUGCCCGGUUUGCCUCUGUUCAGCGUGUUCGUCAACAUCUACCUCAUGAUGCAGCUGGAUGCGGGUACAUGGUGCCGCUUCACUGUCUGGAUGGUCAUCGGUUUUGCCAUCUACUUCUUCUAUGGUAUUAAGAACAGCAGUGAAGGCGGCCACAGGGCAUCCCCCCGCAAAUACGAGCCCACGCAGACCAAGAGCCCCAUUUACAAGGGCGCCCCCGAGGACAGCGACGUGGAGGCGGGCAGCAGCCCUUGAUACACACUAACUGAGACCCGGGGAGCGCUGCAGGGCGUCGACACUGUCGCCGGCGGUGUAGGCAGUCUGGAACGCAGCCCUGGCUUCGACUGGAGAAGAGGCAAGAAAAACGCCACACACGUCUUACCUCUGACUUGGAGGCUGAUCAGCUUGAUGGUUAGACACUGUGACUGAGCCGCUUUCUGGCUCAUAUGUGUCUGUUUCAGUCUGUCUGUACUUAGCCUUAGUCCUCUGGUGAUAUUUACCUGCCUGUAACACAUGCUUUGAAUGGACCUAAGUCACACAUUACUCCUCAGCAUUACUCCUCGUGAAACCCAAUGUCUGAUAUCAGAAGCAGUUAAUACAACUGGAAGAUUGUUACACAUUAGCUGUCUUGCUUGUUGUGUGUGUGUGUGUGUGUGUGUGUGAUGAACCAACGCUAAAUCACCUAAAAGUAAAGGCUCAAGCCAGUGAGUUUACAUCUGUUAAGACACUUGGAUCAGUAAUUUAGACUUGAAACUAUGUGAAAAAGCUAGUUUUUUUAAUGUAACACUCAGUAAUAGAGAUUUAAAGAAAAAAACAAACCUGUUUCCUCUUCUGAAUAGCUUUUAUUAGAGUUGACGUGCAGAUAAUCGGUCUGUGUUUAUCUGUUUAUCGUCGUCUGCCUGUUUGUGUUGUCUGCUGUGUGUAAACAGGGUAGUGCUGACGACGUGGCGUUUACCGUCGAGCAGUGCCGUCAGAUCAAUAGCACAUCGUCCACUUUGUCAUCUACACUGUUGUUGUGUCUUUACACACUGCCCCCAUCCUUUUUUUUUGUUUUGCCCCAUCUCCUAGAGAACAGCCGUCCAGUUUGUAUAGAUUCAUAAGAUUUAGACACAUUCAGGUAGUGUGUGGAGGAAAUGUGUGGCCUUUGUUUAGAACCAUACAAUUGGUUUAGAAACUGAACCUUGAAAUAUUUCAAUAUUUAUCACUUACCGGUAAAAUAAAAACACGGUAUUUCAGAUUUUUUAUUUUUAUCAGUCAAGAGUGCAUUUGUUUUUAAUUCACUAAGGGCUUUUAUAUCCUGAAACUGAAGUGAAAAUGGCAAAGCAGGACUUAAUAUUUUUUCUAUAUCAUAGUAGAUAUAAGAUAUUAAGACCUUUUGAAAGUGCUGUAAUGAAUCCUCUAAUCGCCUGCUUCUAAUGCUUAGCCGUACCCGGAUAUUUGUGCAGAUCUGAUUAGGCUGAUCAGUUUGCACUUGGAAAGUUGACAUCCACAGUGACUCAUGUUAAAUCAUGUAUUCUGGUGGGAGAAACCGGGAGGUUGUUUUUUGUUUGUUUGUUUGUUUUUUAAUAUAUUAAUCUCAUACCCCUAACGAUUAGUUUAAUUGAUAUCUGUGAGAUGUGACCUAAUGUCCGGGUCCAGGGGUCUCAGCCGGGGUCAGUUUCAUCUGUUGUUUUAUCACUAGUCUGUCUCUAGUUUUUGGUUUUUCACUUGUGGAAAAGCUUUUUUUCCACAAAGGUUCUUGUUUAGUUUCAAUUGAAACUUGUUCUUGGCAGCUUUGUCUGUUAAGUUCCCAACACAUGUAUUCUUUUUACUAGUGCGUCAUUUACUCUUUCUGUUAGAGCUGUUAAUAUUUAAAUGUUUCUAGUAGUGUUUGGGAUAUCUUUUUUUUUUUUUUUUUUUUUUUUUUUGAUUUUCAUAUCAUUCUUGAUGAAUUAAUAUGUGUGUUAUUAGGUAUUAAUGUAUUUUAAGCGUUACAUGUACAGUUUUAGUGUGCUUAUUUUUUUGUCUUUGUUGCUUCUACAACUUUUUUAAAAUUUUUUCUUUGUAAAUCUCUUGCUUCACCAAAAUGGAUUAAUUGUGGUAUUUUUGUGAUCCUCUCUGACCAAAUGAACGUGUUUUUGGAAACUGCACUUUCCAAAACAAAGAAUGACCACUGGUCUCUAAAUUAUGUAAUAAAUAGAAACGUUUAGCCCCAACUCUGUGGGUCAAAAUAACCUAUUGUUAAUAGCUCUUUUUGUUCUUCUAGCAGUGAUUUUACUGUAGAUUGUACAGUAUUAGUGUUGAACUGUAUUUUUUUGUAUAUUGCUGUAAAAUAUACAAUGUAUUUCUUUAAAACGUGACCUUAAGUAUAUAAUUUGGUAAGUGAAGUUCUUUAUAAUUAUAAAUUACACUUGAAGGCAUUUCCUUUGCAAACUGCUGCUGGAACUCGAUUUAAAAGCCCCUUCCUCACAAAGAGAUCUGAGCAGAAGUACUAUCCACACAUUUCUGCUUCAGUGAUGCUCUAUGAUAAGCAGCCUGUUAUUGCUUCACACGUUAGAGUAUACUGAGCGUAGAUUUGGUUUCAGUCAGUGUUUUUUAAAUGACGUGAAUUCAUCACAGAAACUGGUGCCUAAAAGAACUAUCUUUCUGCCUGGAAAAAAAGGCACCGGGGCGGGUAAAAAUGAAGGACUCUGACCGUGUGUCAUAAUAUAUGAAAACUUCAGGAGCUGUUCUCAGUCACAUCAUUUAUAUUUAUUUGCUCUUUGGCCAGUGAUAAACUCUAAGGAAGGAUUCAUUCACCUGUAAAAGCUGAUGUGACUCAUACCCAGCCCUUGUGCCUUUUUAGAAAUCAAUAUUACCAUCUCCCCUCUGCUGUCUCAUUAACAGCAAUGAUCUAUUUUUGUCUGUUUUAUAUCCUGUAAAUAUGGCUGUCAUGUAUAAAAUGAGCUGUAUUUUCAAUGUUUUUUGUUUUUUUUUUUUUAAAUAAAACAAUGAUUCAUGCUUAAGGCA